GCCCAGAUAUAAACUGCUGCCUGCCUGUGCAGCAGCUGAGGAAGCGUGGAUUUCAUAUUACAGACUAAACCCAGGGAAACUGCUCCAAAUCCUCCCUGCAGCUGUCAGGCAGCCACAAAGGAGAGUUCAGCCCGUCCUUUUCCAGCUCAAUCGAGCACUCCAUUCUAGCUCCGGCAGCUCCCACUGCAGGUCCGUGUCGUUCCUAGAAAUAUGGACACUGAGGAGAGAACGCAGCUCUGCAUUGUCCGGCUGGGAAAGCAGCAGAUGUAAGGAGCUUCAAUGCAUCGCUGGGUGCUGGGAAGAAUCGACACUGCUCCCAACAGAACGGACGACUAUAGCUCUUUUGUUUAAAGCCAGAGCAAAUGAAAGAAAGGGAAAGCCUCAGAAGACCAGCACCCGUAUGAAGAAGGAGGGUGCCGGGAAGACAAGCAGACAAAUGGACACUUUGGACUCCGUGAAAAGCAGGCGCAGGAGGCAGACCACUGGGGAUGUGCGCAUGUUGGAGGGCAUCUUUCUGCUGAAGGCAUGGCGAGCCAAAAGUACGGUCAGUGGGCAUAACCCUGUCCACAUGGAUGGCCUGCCCGGGAAAGGGAACGGAAGCUCAGCUUCUCACACCUCCACCCCUCCCCUCGAUGCAGGAAAACUAAGAGCAAGCUGAGAACCACGCACGAGUCUGCACUGCACACUGAAAACCCUGUUCGAGGACGACACAGCCACUUCUUCAUACAGGCACCGUGGACCUUCCACCGUGACACCUCCUAAUCUUUCAAAAAACCUCAGGCUCCAAAUGUCAUGCUAGCAAAAGUCCUAAAAACAUAACAAAUUCUCUUCAUGCAAAUUUAGACCACGGCGUAACUUGAGAAUCUUUAAAAUACAUUUUGUGAAGUUUAAAAUUUUCAACAGUUGGAUAUGACAGUAACCAGCACCUGCAUUUUGUACAUCUGAAAAGACUGCUGAAAGCAGUUUUCUCUGACUGUAACAUGGAGACAUACUGGGACACGUGCUGGUAUCUGCCAAGGCCACAGAUAGUUGAAUAAGUAGUUGUUAUGUAUUUUUUUUAAAUCAAUCUUGAGUCUAAGUAAGGAUAAUGAUUUCCUGAAUACUUCCUAUUUGAAGUACAAAGUUAAAAAUAAGAAAAGAGUGUUUGACAAUGCUCAUCAUUUAUUACUGUCUCAAAACCCUGGACUGAAGUUACUGGACCCUGAAAAUUAAUUUAGACAGGUGCAACUUCUCAUUGACUUUCUCAGCACAGCAGGGGCCCAUGGAAACAUGCCAGGCAGCACAGUGUGACUAGGAGAACCCAGCCGUCGUCGCCUCGCCCUGCCUGUCCCACAGCUGACGCAUGACCAUUUUACAGAGAAGGCUGCUGAGUGUGCACACCCCACCAACAGUGUGUCAAAUCAGUUUUAAUUAAUGCCAAAUGACCCCAAGGGAGACCAGGUGACUGAACAGACAAUGAUCACCAAAGAGCAGUACUGAUCCAGCAGAGGAAAGAACCUGUGCGGCCUGCAGUCCCCCUCCUGGCCCUGGCCAUCUGCAACAUGCUGCAGUGGAGGCGGCGGCACUGCUGCUGGGCCAAGCGCUCUCUGUUCCGGACCCAUCUCAUCGGCGCCCUCUCCCUGGUCUUUCUCUUUGCCAUGUUCUUGUUCUUCAAUCAUCACGACUGGCUACCAGGCCGAGCCGGAUUCAAAGAAAACCCUGUGACCUACACUUUCCGAGGAUUUCGUUCUACAAAAAGUGAGACAAACCACAGCUCUCUUCGGAAUAUCUGGAAAGAAACAGUUCCUCAAACUCUGAGGCCUCAAACUGCAACCAACUCCAACAACACAGACCUGUCGCCACAAGGAGUCACAGGGCUGGAGAACACACUCAGUGCCAACGGAAGCAUCUACCGUGAAAAGGGUAGCGGACAUCCAAAUGCUUACCAUUUCAAGUAUAUUAUCAACGAACCUGACAAAUGCCAGGAAAAAAGCCCUUUUUUAAUCCUACUAAUAGCAGCAGAACCUGGACAAAUAGAAGCUAGAAGAGCUAUUCGGCAAACCUGGGGCAAUGAAAGUCUAGCCCCUGGUAUCCAAAUCACGCGGAUUUUUUUGUUGGGCCUAAGUGUCAAGUUAAACGGCUACCUUCAACGUGCGAUACUGGAGGAGAGCAGACAGUACCAUGAUAUAAUCCAACAGGAAUACUUAGAUACAUACUACAACUUGACCAUUAAAACACUGAUGGGUAUGAACUGGGUCGCAACAUACUGCCCGCACAUUCCUUACGUUAUGAAAACCGACAGCGACAUGUUUGUCAACACUGAAUAUUUAAUACAUAAGUUACUGAAGCCAGACCUGCCUCCCAGACACAACUAUUUUACCGGUUACCUAAUGAGAGGAUACGCACCCAACCGGAACAAAGACAGCAAAUGGUACAUGCCACCAGACCUAUACCCAAGUGAGCGCUACCCGGUCUUCUGCUCUGGCACUGGCUAUGUUUUCUCCGGAGAUCUGGCAGAGAAGAUAUUUAAAGUUUCUUUAAGUAUCCGUCGUUUGCACUUGGAGGAUGUGUAUGUAGGGAUCUGUCUUGCCAAGCUGAGGAUUGACCCCGUUCCCCCUCCCAAUGAAUUUGUGUUCAAUCACUGGCGGGUUUCUUAUUCAAGCUGUAAAUACAGCCACCUGAUUACCUCUCAUCAGUUCCAGCCCAGUGAACUGAUAAAGUAUUGGAACCAUUUACAACAAAAUAAGCACAACGCUUGUGCCAAUGCAGCAAAAGAAAAGGCAGGCAGGUAUCGCCACCGUAAACUGCACUAGAAAAGGCGACUUUUUUUCCAAAUGUCCAAUCUGUAAAAUAUUGCUAAAAGCAUGUAUAAUUAAGAUUGAUUAUACCCACAGAACAAGUUUUAGUUAAAACUCAUCACAUAAAAGAAUUGCAAAAGUAUUUUUUUAAUUUCUGAAAAGGUAAUUCUUAAAAAUACAUUAUAGGACAAAAAGGCACCCCGAGAGGAUCUAGGAAAAAACUGUAUACGGCAAUUCUGUGUAUUAACAUGCAAUAACAAGCAUGCAUUCACCAUGGCUCUAGUCUUACAUUAGGGGCCGGUAAGAUGUAUUUGCAUAUAUUUUUCACAUAAAUUUUUAUUUAAGAAAUGGAGACAGUCAAAAGACCCUCCAUUUUAGACUCAGUUCUACAUCUCGAUAUAUAAUUAUAUGUAAAUAAAACAUCACUGUCAAUUUUAAGGAAACUUUGUAAUUGUGUGAAGGACAGAUGUUCUGGAAUUCUAAAAACUGUAUUCCGUGCAAUAAGAUUUAGUUGAGUUACUCCAGAAAAACACAUUUAUAAAGUUCAGAUGUCUCAUCAAUCUGUUCUCAUCUAAGUACUUAUUUUUCAAAAAAAACAACUGAAAGACUCAUUUUCUUUUAUUAAGAGUCACAUACAUUGAGGAAGUUAUUUUGAAAUGAUGUGAUAAAAUGUGAAAAAUCAAUGUGUCUCAGGCUCAAAUUUUUAUGAAAACAAAAAAUUAAAUGUUUCAAAACAGACAAAUUUGUUUUCUUGUUGGUGCAAGGGCCACACUAGUAUUUGAAGGAGUUAGUCCACUAGCUUGGUGACUGCACUCUGAAGGAGUACUUCCACUUCACUUCAAGCAUAUCUGUAAAAAUACAUCAUGUUCCUCGCUACGGCAGAAGUGAUAACUCACAGGCACAAAGAGAACGUACUGCUAGAAACAGAUAAAGGGGAAAGAGGGCAGCAGCAGCAGCUUCAUUCAAUCCAUUUUUAAGAUGCAUGUCUGCCAAACGGCAACAUAUGGGAAGCUGAUUUCCUGGCAGCAGGAGUGCACACGCCAACACUUAAUCAUUUCUCGGCACCUACUUCUUCCCAAGUGCCAGUUUACAAAAACCUGCAGUUUUUAAUUUGGGAGAUGACGAACAGUCUGCAUCACCAGUUAAAAACCUUUUGGGGGGAGUGGGAGAAAACUACAAAUGUUUGAUGAACACUUGAUUCUAGGAUGAACAAUGUAUUCGAUGCACUUUUAUCAAUUUUUUAAUAAAAAAGAUAAACAGAAAGUC